AAAUCGUUUAGUGAAUUAAAAAUAGAGCCAACUAAACUAUAAUAAGAAAGAUAAAUGGCCCGAAGACUGGGUUUGAAUCACAUAAUAUCCACAGAGUCGACGAAUGGAAUGGACGCCAGUGAACUGCCAAACAGCUCUCUAAUGGACACAGAUGUAGGAAGAGAGACAAAUUCGGCAACAGAAAAUAUGUUCAAUUCGGAUACGUAUGUAUCCGAAGCGAGUGCAAUGGACUGCGCCAGCGUUAAUAAAGAUAGUAAGGAUGAAGUUGAGAGACGGGACGGUACAGAAGAUCCGGAUGCACAGGCCUAUUUGAAUCAUUUGCUGCAUGAUGGUGCGCUGGAAGGUGACAGUGGGGCGCCAUUGGAAAUGCCGCCAUGGUACGAUGAGAAAUUAUUUAGAAAAGGUCAAGUUUACAUGAAUACAUAUCGCUUCAUCAUGACCGCGGGCAUGCUAUACGGACUAGUCGCCGUCCUUGCGAUUCCUUCCAUACUUCGUGUGCUUAUUUGUACGCGUCAAUCAUCCACCUGUGCCACAGCUUUUCGCCGCUAUGCCCGUACAAUUCUGCACACCAACGCAUGGUAUGAUUUUUCACCAUCCGAAGCCAACUCGAAAUUUUGGACCAGCUUACGUGCGGUACGCAAAGCGCAUUCAAAAUCUAGUAGGGCAUGUGACAAACUAGGCGCAGGACUAAUCACGCAAAAAGAUCUCGCUUUAACGCAAUUUGGUUUUAUUGGAUAUGCGACGCUAGGUGCGCCACGCGUGCAACUAUACGAUGACGAGUUCUUGGAGAGUACGGUGCAUAUGUGGCGAGUGCUGGGCUACUUGAUCGGCAUUAAGGAUGAAUAUAACAUUUGUGGGCGCAAUUGGUCUGAAACCAAGCCACGUCUGGAAAUUGUGAUGCGACGUGUAUAUGAACCGGCUUUAGAGAAUACGAGUGCUGAUUUCGAGCAGAUGGCAAAGGUGUUUGUCGAUGGAUUGUGGCCAAUAAAUACGGCGCUCACCGUGGGGUCGGUGUUAUUUUUUACAAAGCGAUUGACUUAUGUGAAAGGAUACGAAUACUAUGAGUUCGAUCAUCGUCCCGGUGUCACAAUCGAUCCGAAACAGAAACUUUACUACUAUGAUUUGGGUUGGUAUGAUCGUUUUCUCGUUUCGUACGGCCUCUUUCUGGUGACAUAUCUAUACAAGUUCAGCAUUGUGCGUUGGUAUCUCAACUUCCGCGUCCGGUUGAACAAUUUGAUUUCAUAUUACUUGCCAUACGUUGCAUUCUGGAAAUUUGGUAUUAAAUAUUCAUAUGUGCGCAUCUUCACCAACGAUGGCAAUGAGAAGGACUUCGAGUUCCACUUGAAGGCAGAGUGAAAUACUUUGCGAAAAAUUACAUGUAAUAAAGUUAUUUAAAAUAGAAAAGCUUUGUAUACCUAUUGUAUACUCGUGCAUAUGACGAGACAUAAAUGAGUGCUGAACAAAAUUGUUAAUAAAAACUAAUUUAGUUUUGAAUAACUUACAA